AUUUAGCACUGGGCUUUUGAAGUCUUUGUCAAAUUUUGAGCAGUUCGCUUUGUCAAACGCGUUUUUUUCGGUAAAUAAUGAGAUAAAUUUAAAGAGUUUUUUACCAACUUCAAAAAGAAGUUUGAGCUUCUAGAAUUAAUUUGAUAAACAAGAUCAAUUCGCCCGUAAUUCAAAAUGAACAACCUCACAGAUAUGUACUACCUCCUUCAACUCAUAAUUCGAAAUGUAUUUGCCUUCCUUCGAGAUAUUCUUAUCAAGGAGCUUCCCCGGCUUCUUACAUCCACCAUAAAAGUUGAGAACAUCGAAAAUUCCAAAAUUCGAACACCGUCUGCAAUUAAGCAUGUCACAGCUGAUUUUGCAGCCUUUUUUAUUAUCUGUGCAUUCCUAGGUGUUCUUGUUUUUCUUUCAGCCAAAUGUACUAAGGAAGAUGAGGACAAUCGAUUUUCACAUAAAAGAACAGAAACAAUUUCUGCGGAUUUUCCAGAUGACCCAAUUUAUCAUCUUCCGCGAUCUUUGAUAACAAAAGCAAUUAAAUAUUAUCAUGACCGUGGAGACGAGUAUUUUUCCGAAGAGGGUGAAAGUCCACGAAGAGAUAAUUAUAUUUACGAACACGACUACUCUCACAGAAAAAAUUUGAGCACAUCCUCAAUUUUUGCAAACCAGAGUGACAACAAUUCUCAAUACUCAGAAAGUACGCAAAAAGGAUGGAGAAAUUUGAAAAAAGUAAAUAAGUCACAGCAUUGGCUAAUUCGAAAAACUAGAAGUGGUCAUGUCUAUGGAAAAUAUCCUAUAUAAAAUCUCAAAUAUCGUGCAUAUUACAUGAUCUUGAAAAGAAGCUCAAACGUCCUCGAGAAUCUAAAGUUUCAUUCACUUUUAUUAGAGGAAUGAAUAUUUUCGAUUUUAGGAGAGAGGCGAAAUAUUGUUAACAAAUGAUAAAAAUGGGAUAAAAAGGAGACUUAAUAAUUUUCUCCUGUGAAAAAUUUAGUACUAAAUUGCAAAAAUAAUUUGAAAAAAAUAAUUCUUCUCUGGUAGAAAACUUUUUUUACGUCUCUUUUUGUUUUUACCAUUUGAUCAUUUUUACCUUUCCGAGUUUGAUCAAACUAUGUAUCAAACUCUUAAACAUUAAUUUAGGACGUCUAAAUGAUAACUGAGAAUCUUGAGACAAUAUUUGGCUCUGAAAAUUUGUAUCUAAAUUGGAUUUUUUCAUUCUAGGCGUAAUCUUGUUAACAAUUUUUACAACUUUUGUUAUCACUUGCUGCUGAUUCAACAAGAACAUUUGUUUAUCUUUUGUAAACACUUUUGGGUGGACGGAUUUUCGUCUACCUAUUUUUAUUGCGAUAAUUGUUACCUUUUGUGUGAGUAUUGAACAAGUACAAUGUGAAGUCUGCGGAAGCAGU